AUGGCCUUUGCUAUUGAUGAGAUCAACAGAAACUCCAACCUGCUACCUAAUGUGACUCUGGGAUACAGUCUUAAUGACAACUGUGUCAACCUAGGAAUUGGAUUCCGUUCAGCUUUGUCAUUAGCCAGUGGUCAAGACGAGCACUUUAUAUUGGACAAGACCUGUGUGGUGAGGCAGAAUGUGACAGGCCUGCAGUGGAUGGCCAGUGAAGCCUGGACUGCAGGUACUCCGCUCCAGACCCCCCACCUCAUGCCGUACCUGAGUGGCACACUGGGCAUUGCCAUCCGUCGAGGAGAAAUACCAGGAUUCAGGGACUUCCUGUUAAGAAUAAGUCCUGACAUACAACACAACAACCGCUAUGGAAAUAACGUGCCACCCCGGUCAGUGUGCAGUGAGAGCUGUCCUCCAGGUACCCGCAUGGCCAGAAAGAAGGGGCAACCUGAGUGCUGUUUUGACUGCAUCCCUUGUUCUGAGGGAAAGAUCAGCAAUAACACUGACUCCAUGGAGUGCACAAGUUGUCCAGAGGAUUUCUGGUCCAGUCCCCAGCGUGACCACUGUGUUCCUAAGAAAAUAGAGUUCCUCUCCUAUCAAGAGCCUCUGGGUAUCUUCCUGACAGCCACCACAUUGUUGGGCACAUUAAUCUGUGCUGUUGUCUUGGGCAUCUCCAUCUAUCAUCGCAGCACCCCUAUAAUACGCGCCAACAAUUCAGAACUGAGUUUCCAGCUAUUGAUAUCACUUAAAUUAUGUUUCCUCUGCUCACUAUUGUUUAUCGGCCGUCCCAGGAGGUGGACAUGCCAAUUGAGACAUGCAGCGUUUGGGAUCAGCUUUGUACUUUGUGUCUCAUGCAUCCUGGUGAAAACGGUGGUGGUUCUGGCUGUGUUCAAGGCCUCCAAACCAGGAGGAGGAGGCAGUCUCAAGUGGUUUGGUGCUGUGCAGCAGAGAGGGACAGUUAUGGUUCUUACUUCUAUUCAGGCAGCAAUCUGCACUGCUUGGCUUGUCUCUGCUUCACCAGCUCCUCAUAAAAACACUCAAUACCACAAUGACAAAAUAGUUUAUGAGUGUGUAGUUGGGUCCACAGUUGGUUUUGCAGUGUUACUGGGUUACAUUGGCUUACUGGCUAUACUCAGCUUCCUACUAGCAUUCAUGGCGAGGAAUCUUCCAGAUAGUUUCAAUGAGGCCAAGCUCAUCACUUUCAGCAUGCUGAUCUUCUGUGCUGUGUGGGUGGCCUUUGUCCCCGCUUAUAUUAGCUCACCAGGCAAAUAUGCAGAUGCAGUGGAGGUAUUCGCCAUCCUGGCCUCCAGUUUUGGCCUCUUGGUUGCACUGUUUGGACCCAAAUGUUACAUAAUCCUGCUGAGACCAGAGAGGAACACAAAGAAAGCAAUAAUGGCCCGGGGCAUUGAGUCAUAAAACAUUCAGACAGAAUUAAUACUUUUACUCUAUACAAUACAAACAUGAAGGCAGAAAGAUUUGUUGGUAGUAAUAGUAAUGUUAUUAGUAAUUGAAAAAGUAGGCUGAUGACAAAUAACUUGGAUCAUGUAGCGUUAUUGCAUUGAGCAGAUUAAUCAUCAAUCAAUAAUUUAUAUCAGAAUAUGUAUAUGUAUCGUAAAAUGUGAAGGAGAGUGGUGACACUCAGCUUCAGAUGUCACACACAAUGAGUUUUAAUAUCAGAAUUUACACAGGUACCACCCCAUUUUAUAAAAAUAGGGAAAAAUCUAUUUUAUACAAAUCAAUUGAGUCUCAUAAUCUCAGGGUUGCUACGGCGUUCUUGGGCAUGGUGAACAGUGAUUCAAAUUGUUUAUAUACACACACAAAUCAA